AUGCAGGCCGCUUGCUUGGCCGCCGUUGCGCUGCUGUCUGCGGCGCUCGCAGUCCGUCGCCUGAUGAAGCUGGAGGGUCGAACCCGGCAGCUGGAGCGGGAACUCCAGGACAUGACGAAGGAGCGACGGGCGGAGCGCGCUGGAAGAAUCAAAGCGGAGAGAGAAUUGCAGCAGCUGCACAUGGGUGCAGUUCAUGCUCUUCAUGGAGAGCAGCCUUUUGAUUCAAAGGAGCCUUCUGGCUUAAGAAUUCCCCACCUGGAGCCAAUUGGCACGGUCUCCUCUUGCUUCACACAGAGGAAUGGCACACCGCGCCAACCCCUUCUGGUGGGCAGUGCCCGGGCGAAGCUUACACUACGUCAGGGCCUCCCUCACGAUGCCCUCGAUGGCCUUCAACAGUACAGCCAUUGUUGGAUCCUGUACAUAUUCCAUCGAAACACCAAUCUGCACCGGGAACACAUUUCAGAGCAUGCCUCGGAGUCCAAGAAACGGAAUCCACACACUCAGGGCAUUAAGGCUAAAAUCAGAGUACCAAGGUUGGAUGGAAAGACCAUGGGAGUAUUGGCAACCCGGAGCCCGCAUCGUCCUGUGCCCAUUGGGCUGAGCUGUGCCCGGGUGAAGGAAGUGCGUAAUGGGGAGGUCCUUCUUGAAGGGGCUGAUAUUGUUGAUGGCACUCCCGUGCUUGAUGUGAAGCCCUAUGUCCCAUUCUGUGACUCCGUGGAAAGUGCUACUGCACCAGCAUGGGUGGCAGCCACAUCAGGCAGUGGAGAUGAGCCUUUGUAUGUGAAGAGCGUCCAGAUACUGGAAGUGGCUCAGCAGCAAAUUCAGGAUUGCUGGCAUCGACAGCAGCGGACGUCGCUGUACGCAACCAGCAUGGAGUUUUUGGGACUCGUGAAGGAGGUGCUGUCAAGAGAUAUACGUUCAACGUACCAACGAACUCAGGCUUGCAAGAGUUGUGGCAUACAAGGCAGCGAUUACGGAGAGGCUGGUGAGCUGUUUCAUGUAAUUCUGGAAGGAGUGGAUAUUGCUUACGAUGUGGUGGACCAUGGUGUGGUAGUGUGCAAGGCAGAGAUAGCAGUGGACAGCAGCCCAUGA